AGCGUAUUCUGUACCUGAAGCCUGGAAGCCCGCAAGCUGCCAACCCGUUACUGGACUGAGAAAGGAAGGAAAAGGAAAGAAGUCUUGGCGAAAUGAAGAGACUUGCCUUUCUUUUUACACUUGCUUUUCCAGACGGCCUGAAGGCAGAAUUGUUGAUUGCAGCUACUUCUUUUUCUCCUACUAAGGAUCACCCGUUGCUGGAAAGGCUAGGAGGGCAUUAAGUGAAAAAGGGGAAUGUUCUCCAUUUGGGAUACAGGAUCCUCCAAGGCAAAGUAAUAUAGGAGAGACCACUCACAAGCAACUGGUGAGCCAGGGGUAAAGCUUUACUUAAACCGAUAUCUGGCAGCUCUUCUCUUAGGACAGGACCUUUGUUGAGGACUUUAUUGUGAACUGGGAAAGAGAGUGUCUUGCAGCAGGAGGGCAUAGUUACAAUCGCUGUCCUGUAACAGGAGGGAGAAAGCCAGACAGCUGACAGCCCUCAAGAGCCUGGGGUCCUUUCCCAGCGCGUGCACUGUAUAGGUAGGAGCCGGGGGAAAGGACCACAUUUUGCAGCAGCCUUUUGGGAAUGCUAAAGGGACCGAAGCCACCAGCAUCAUGCAGCCCUGCCCCGAGGAGAUGGACAGCCCAGAGAAAGACCAGGGCAAGUGGGCUCUGCUCCGAAAUGUGAACCAAGCACUGAAACCCUCGACUCUCCUAUCGGGGGACUAUGUCUGGAUGGACCUCAAAACUGGUCGGGAAUUCGAUGUUCCCAUUGGCGCGGUGGUCAAACUUUGUGACUCCGGGCAGAUCCAGGUGGUGGACGAUGAAGGCAAUGAGCACUGGAUUUCCCCUCAGAAUGCCAGCCACAUCAAGCCCAUGCACCCAACCUCAAUCCAUGGGGUGGAGGACAUGAUCCGUCUGGGCGACCUGAACGAGGCCGGGAUCCUGCGGAAUCUGCUCAUCCGCUACCGGGAGCACCUCAUCUAUACGUAUACAGGAUCCAUCCUAGUGGCAGUGAACCCCUACCAGCUCUUACCCAUAUACUCGCCUGAGCAGAUACGCCUGUACACCAACAAGAAGAUCGGGGAGAUGCCGCCUCAUAUCUUCGCAAUUGCUGACAAUUGUUACUUCAACAUGCAGCGCAACAAUAAGGAUCAGUGCUGCAUCAUAAGUGGUGAAUCCGGUGCAGGGAAGACGGAGAGCACCAAACUGAUUCUCCAGUUCCUGGCUGCCAUCAGUGGGCAGCAUUCUUGGAUUGAGCAGCAGGUGCUGGAGGCCAACCCCAUAUUGGAAGCUUUUGGCAAUGCAAAGACGAUUCGUAAUGACAACUCCAGCCGGUUCGGUAAAUACAUCGACAUCCAUUUCAACAAGCGGGGUGCCAUUGAAGGGGCGAAGAUCGAGCAGUAUCUGCUGGAGAAGUCCCGCGUCUGCCGACAGGCCCACGAUGAGAGGAAUUACCACGUGUUUUACUGUAUGCUGAAAGGAAUGACACCAGAACAGAAAAAGAAGCUGGGUCUUGGGAAAGCCACCGAUUAUAACUACCUUGCUAUGGGUAACUGUACCACCUGCGACGGCAGAGAUGACAGUAAGGAGUAUGCAAACAUUCGCUCUGCCAUGAAAGUCCUGAUGUUCACGGACACUGAGAACUGGGAGAUCUCAAAGCUUCUGGCUGCCAUACUGCACAUGGGCAACCUGCGGUACGAAGCUCGGACGUACGAUAACCUGGAUGCCUGCGAGGUCCUGCAGUCUGCAUCGUUAAUCACUGCAGCUUCAUUGCUGGAGGUGGAGCCUCAGGAUGUGAAGAACUGCCUCACUAGCCGUACCAUCAUCACCAGAGGAGAGACGGUCUCCACCCCGCUCAGCAUGGAGCAGGCGCUGGAUGUGAGGGACGCUUUCGUAAAGGGAAUCUAUGGGCGACUUUUUGUGUGGAUUGUAGAGAAGAUUAAUGCUGCCAUUUACAGGCCUCCCUCCCAAGAACUCAAAAAUGUCAGGAGGUCCAUUGGGCUUCUUGAUAUCUUCGGCUUUGAGAACUUCACUGUGAACAGCUUCGAACAGCUGUGCAUUAACUUUGCAAAUGAGAAUCUGCAGCAGUUCUUUGUGCGCCACGUCUUCAAGCUGGAGCAGGAGGAAUACAACCUGGAGAACAUCAACUGGCAGCACAUCGAGUUCACUGACAACCAGGACGCCCUGGAUAUGAUUGCUGUCAAACCCAUGAAUAUCAUCUCGCUCAUUGAUGAGGAGAGCAAGUUCCCUAAGGGUACAGAUACCACAAUGCUGCAUAAACUGAAUUCCCAGCACAAGCUUAACACCAACUACAUUCCUCCAAAGAAUAACUACGAAACCCAGUUUGGGAUUAACCACUUUGCUGGGAUAGUCUACUAUGAAACAAAAGGGUUUUUGGAGAAAAACAGGGACACGCUUCAUGGAGACAUCAUUCAGCUGGUCCAUUCUUCAAGAAACAAAUUCAUCAAGCAGAUCUUCCAAGCUGAUGUGGCUAUGUUUCUCUGUGGCUAUGCAUCCAGUACUUAUGGCCAGUCGCCAGCACCCACUCCAAAGGGAGCGGAGACGAGGAAGCGCUCGCCGACGCUCAGCAGCCAAUUCAAGCGCUCGCUGGAGCUGCUGAUGCGAACCCUCAGCGUGUGCCAGCCCUUCUUCGUCCGCUGCAUCAAACCCAAUGAAUAUAAGAAGCCCCUGUUGUUUGACCGGGAGCUGUGUGUUCGCCAGCUGAGGUACUCGGGGAUGAUGGAGACGAUCCGGAUCCGCCGAGCUGGCUAUCCCAUCCGCUACACCUUCGUAGAGUUUGUCGACAGAUACCGCGUCCUCAUGCCAGGGGUGAAGCCGGCAUAUAAGCAGGGGGACCUGCGUGGGACAUGCCAGCGGAUCGCUGAAGCGGUGCUAGGGAAAGACGAUGACUGGCAGAUUGGGAAGACAAAAAUAUUCCUGAAGGAUCACCAUGACAUGCUGCUGGAGAUUGAAAGGGACAAGGCCAUCACAGACAAGGUCAUCCUCAUCCAGAAGGUGGUGCGUGGAUUUAAAGACAGGUCCAAUUUCCUGAAAGUGAGAAACUCGGCCCUGAUGAUUCAGAGGUACUGGCGGGGACACAACUGCCGGAAGAAUUACGGAGCCAUGAAGAUCGGGUUCCUAAGGCUUCAGGCCCUCUACCGUUCACGCAAGCUCCACAAGCAGUACCAUAUGGCUCGUAGGCGCAUCAUCGACUUCCAGGCACAAUGCCGUGGUUACCUUGUGCGUAGGGCCUUCCGCCAUCGGCUUUGGGCCGUCCUCACCGUCCAGGCCUAUGCCAGGGGCAUGAUUGCCCGAAGGCUAUAUAAGCGCCUGAAGGGAGAAUAUCGCCGCCGCCUGGAAGCAGAGAAACUUCGGCUGGCAGAAGAGGAGCGUCUCCGAAAGGAGAUGAGCGCCAAGAAAGCCAAAGAGGAAGCUGAAAAGAAGCACCAAGUGCGCCUUGCUCAGUUGGCCCGGGAAGAUGCUGAGAGGGAGGUGAAGGAAAAGGAGGAAGCCCGCCGGAAGAAGGAAUUCUUAGAAAAGAUGGAGAAAGCCCGAAACGAGCCAGUGAACGACUCGGACAUGGUGGACAAAAUGUUUGGAUUCCUCGGUACAACUACCUCUCUUCCAGGCCAGGAAGGACAGGCGCCCAAUGGCUUUGAGGACCUCGAGCGUGUCCAGAAGGAGCUGGAGGAAGAAGAUUUAGAUGCAGCUUUGCCCCUCCCUGAGGAAGAGGAGGAAGACCUCUCAGAGUACAAGUUUGCCAAGUUUGCAGCCACGUACUUCCAGGGCACGACGACACACACCUACAUCCGCCGGCCUCUCAAGCAGCCUCUUCUGUAUCACGAGGACGAAGGAGACCAGUUGGCAGCCCUCGCAGUGUGGAUCACUAUCCUUCGUUUCAUGGGAGACCUUCCUGAGCCUAAGUACCACACAGCAAUGAGUGAUGGCAGUGAAAAGAUCCCCGUGAUGACCAAAAUCUAUGAGACUCUAGGGAAGAAGACCUAUAAAAAAGAACUGCAGGCUCUACAGGGGGAAGGAGAGAGCAUCGAUGGACACAAGAAGAACAGCGUGAGGCACAAGCUGGUCUCCUUGACUCUCAAGAAGAAGUCCAAGCUGACUGAAGAGGUUACCAAGAGACUUCACGAUGGUGAGUCCACUCUCCAAGGCAACAGCAUGCUCGAAGACCGGCCUACCUCCAACUUGGAGAAGCUCCAUUUCAUUAUUGGUAAUGGCAUCCUCAGGCCAGGAUUAAGGGAUGAAAUCUACUGUCAAAUCUGCAAGCAGCUGACCCAGAAUCCUUCCAAAAGCAGCCAUGCCAGAGGCUGGAUCCUCAUGUCCUUGUGUGUGGGCUGCUUCGCUCCCUCUGAAAAGUUUGUGAAGUAUUUAAGGAACUUCAUCAAUGGAGGGCCUCCUGGUUACGCUCCGUAUUGCGAAGAGAGACUGAGGAGGACGUUUGUAAACGGGACGAGGACGCAACCUCCCAGCUGGUUGGAGUUGCAGGCCACCAAGUCCAAGAAGCCCAUCAUGCUGCCCGUUACGUUUAUGGAUGGGACGACGAAGACACUGCUAACUGACUCAGCGACAACAGCGAAAGAGCUUUGUAAUUCCCUGGCCGACAAGAUCAGCCUGAAGGACCGGUUUGGGUUUUCACUUUACAUUGCGCUAUUCGACAAGGUCUCUUCCCUGGGGAGUGGCAACGACCACGUGAUGGAUGCCGUCUCUCAGUGUGAGCAAUACGCCAAGGAGCAAGGGGCUCAGGAGCGCAACGCACCUUGGAGGCUCUUCUUCAGGAAGGAAAUUUUCACCCCUUGGCACAACCCAAAUGAAGACAACGUGGCCACGAACCUCAUUUACCAGCAGGUCGUGCGGGGGGUGAAGUUUGGGGAAUACCGUUGUGACAAGGAAGAAGAUCUGGCAGAACUGGCUUCCGAACAGUACUACGUGGACUACGGGACCGAGAUGGUUCUGGAGCGACUCCUCAACUUGAUCCCCUCCUACAUCCCUGACAGGGAGAUUACUGCUUCGAAAACCGUGGAGAAAUGGGCUCAGCUCAUUAUAGCUGCACAUAAGAAGGGAAUUUAUACUCAGAAGAGAGCAGACCCCAAAAAAGUCAAGGAGGAGGUGGUGGAUUUUGCACGUUUCAAGUGGCCUUUGCUGUUUUCUAGAUUCUAUGAAGCUUUCAAAUUUUCAGGGCCAAGUCUGCCCAAGAAUGAUGUGAUUGUAGCUGUCAACUGGACCGGGGUGUACUUUGUGGAUGAACAAGAGCAGGUCCUCCUGGAGCUCUCCUUCCCAGAGAUCACUGCCGUCUCGAGCAGCAAAGGGGGAAAGCUGCAAGGGCAGAGCUUCACCAUGGCCACCAUUAAAGGGGAUGAAUACACCUUCACCUCCAACAAUGCAGAGGACAUCCGAGACCUUGUGGUGAUCUUUUUAGAAGGACUAAGAAAAAGGUCAAAAUAUGUGGUCACUCUCCAAGACAACCCAAAUCCCGUGGGAGAAGAAUCGGGAUUCCUCAGCUUCCUUAAAGGAGACCUGAUCGUUCUGGACCAAGACACUGGAGAGCAAGUAAUGAACUCAGGAUGGGCUAAUGGCAUCAAUGAAAGGACCAAACAGAGAGGAGAUUUCCCAACAGAUUCUGUUUAUGUUCUGCCUACUGUCACCAUGCCUCCUCUGGAGAUUGUGGCACUUGUCACAAUGACCCCUGACCAGAGGCAAGAUGUCAUUAGAUCAGCCCAGCAGUCAAUUUCGGACAGCGAAGAAAGGGUGAAGCCGUACACCUUGGAAGAGUUUUCCUACGAUUAUUUUAGGCCGCCUCCCAAGCACACCCUGAGCCGGGUGAUGAUCACCAAGAACCGAGGGAAAGACAAGCUGUGGUGCUACACCCGGGAGCCAAUCAAGCAGCCCUUGCUGAAGAAAAUCCAGGGCAGCGAGGAGCUGUCCCAGGAGGCCUGCAUGGCAUUCAUUGCUGUGCUCAAGUAUAUGGGGGACUACCCAUCCAAAAGAACCCGCUCAGUCAACGAGCUAACGGACCAAAUAUUUGAAGGCGCCUUGAAGGCUGAGCCCCUGAAGGAUGAGAUCUACUGCCAGGUCCUCAAGCAGCUCACGGACAACCACAUUAAGUACAGUGAAGAGAAAGGCUGGGAACUGCUGUGGCUGUGUACGGGCCUUUUCCCUCCCAGUAAUAUUCUCCUGCCCCAUGUCCAGCGGUUUCUCCAGUCCCGGAAACACCACCCUCUCGCUGGCGACUGCAUCCAGAGACUGCAGAAGGCACUGAGGAAUGGUUCCAGGAAGUAUCCCCCCCAUCUGGUUGAAGUGGAGGCGAUUCAACACAAAACCACGCAGAUUUUCCACAAAGUUUACUUCCCUGAUGACACCGAUGAGGCAUUUGAAGUGGAGUCCAGCACCAAAGCCAAGGAUUUCUGCCAGAACAUUUCCAACCGCCUGCUGCUGAAGUCCUCGGAGGGCUUCAGCCUCUUUGUCAAAAUCUCUGACAAGGUCAUCAGUGUCCCAGAAGGAGACUUCUUCUUCGACUUUGUCAGACACCUUACAGACUGGAUAAAGAAAGCAAGACCGGCAAAAGAUGGUAUAGUGCCUUCUCUCACCUACCAAGUGUUCUUCAUGAAGAAACUGUGGACAAACACCAUGCCUGGCAAGGAUCCCAUGGCUGACUCUAUUUUCCACUAUUAUCAGGAAUUACCCAAGUACCUGCGGGGCUACCACAAGUGCAGCCGGGAGGAGGUCUUGCAGCUGGCCGCGCUCAUCUACCGUGUGAAGUUUGAGGAUGACAAGUCCUACUUCCCCAGCAUACCCAAGCUCUUGAAGGAGCUGGUGCCUCAGGACCUCAUCCGGCAACUCGCUCCAGAUGACUGGAAACGGUCCAUCGUGGCAUAUUACAAUAAGCACGCGGGCAAAUCGAGAGAAGACGCCAAGCUCACCUUCCUGAAGAUUAUCUUCAAGUGGCCUACAUUUGGAUCAGCUUUCUUUGAAGUGAAGCAAACCACAGAGCCAAAUUACCCAGAGAUCCUCUUAAUUGCCAUCAACAAGCAUGGAGUCAGCCUCAUCAAUCCCAAAAACAAGGAUAUCCUCAUCACUCACCCCUUCACCAAGAUUUCCAACUGGAGCAGCGGCAACACGUACUUCCACAUCACCAUUGGCAACCUGGUGAGGGGGAGCAAGCUGCUCUGUGAGACGUCCCUGGGCUACAAGAUGGACGACCUCCUGACGUCCUACAUCAGUCAGAUGUUAACAGCCAUGAGCAAACAGAGGAGUGCAAAGGGGAGCAAGUGAAUUGAAAGAAGCCCCUGGCAGGUGACCCUGGAGCUAAUUCACCAGCUGAGGCCGGUGGGGUAUCCCUGCAGCUGGGGGAAGACCUUUUCCUCCCAGAUGUGGAAAAUGAGCCGGACUCCACAUGGCAGCUCUUCAGACUCUGACAUGGAGGGCUCGAACCCCACCUCCCCUUCCAGCGAGGAUGACUAUCUGUGAUGAUGACCUCCAAACUCCCCCUCUCCAGCUGUUGAACCCCGCUGCAUUCUAGACCUCAAAGCUUUCCAGGUGACGCCACCGCUCUCAGACAGUGACUGAGCAACAGAGAAACUCCAACAGGAUAUUUAUCAUGGCACCAAGAGAAUGAAAUGGUGAAGGACUGUGAGGAAAAGAUGAAUCAUUCUCAAUAAGGAGAAACUGAUCCAGAUGUUACAGGUUUCUGAGAUGUUCCAGGCCUCAAAGACUUGCAGAUCAGUAAUGCAGCCCUACUCCAGCAUGAAGCAAGAUCCUGUGAGCAGCCUGGGCUUAUUUUGACGGUUACAAAAGACCAUCCAUUUUCUGUUCUUAAAAAAAAAAAAGCAGCAGCAAUGUGCAGGGGGUAAAAAAAAAAAGUGCAUUAAAAUAGGAUUAGAAGUAGGUGAAAAAAACCACAUACAGAACAGAACAAACCACAUGUAAACCAGGUGGUAUCAUGAAUGCACUGAAGAUUGGGCGCAUUUUGCUGGAAAUAUUUAAAGACCAAGUUUUGAAGUUCUGGUUCUUAUUCUUUUAUUUAUUUAAUUUAAAAAAAAAAAAAAAAAGGAAAAGUUAAAAAAAAAACCACUGGUUUCUGGCAGGCUGACUCUGGGGCAAGUCAAUAAGAAGGCCUUGCUCAGCUCCAGAGGACUAACCCAGUAGACUCGCUCAGAGAUACAUCUUCAAAAGGACAAGACUGAGGUUGAAUGGCCACAGGUCAAGCUUUUCUAACCUGAGAGCAGCCUAAAGCUCAGCACCCGAUCCCAGUGGAGCAGCCUGGGAAUGAAGCUGCUGAGAUCAAUUGACCCCUCCUUUAGGGCUACACCUGCUAGGAGGAGCGUGAGUUGCAGCUAGAAGGCUACACGUAGAAGAAAGGGUGCCCAGCUUUAGGUCCCCAGGUCUGGAAAACCUCAACUGAACCAUGCCACGGUGUGUGCAACCCUGCAUUUUUCCGGUGCACUGCUGUUCCUUUCUUUGCAAAGCAAAUGCAGUGCAGCGUUGCAUGUAUUUCAGCUGCGCUCACUGCACAGCUGUUGUGUAACAUCAGUCUGAGGUAACGGAGGAGGGCAAAGAUGCUGGAAGUGAAGAAUAAACCUUGGGUACCAGUCUAGUAACAGUCCUUCUUGACUGAUUUGCCCCGGCGCUGGUAGGCUGAAACCCUCCCAAAUCCCAAUUUUGACUGGCUUCCAUCUCUCAGUUAACUAAACCAAGACUUUACUGCCAGCCAGCCCCAGGCUCUGGGCAGCACCUGGAUCCAGAGCUGAGCUGCGUUGUGUAGAAACAUCCCUCCCUUUUAAAUGUAGCUCUUCUGAGCUGGUGAGGGUGCUGCUGACAGACCGGUGCAAUGAAGGCUAAAAAACUGGCCCUGGCAAUGCAAAUCCGAGUGUUUCCCAAUGCAGAGGAAACAGCAUGUUGCUCACCUCAUACAAAGAGCUCAACACCUCUAUAAUCCUCCCCAAGAUCACAGGCUAUGUCCACCUGAUCCUACAAGUGGCCUCCAAUACACAAGAUGCCCCUGAGAUGCCCCCUGAGCCUCUUCUCCCAGCAGCACUGGGUUUCAGCUGCAGCUAGGGACAUCACCUUCUGUUUUAGGAGGUUUCCUGUUGCAUGGAUGAGCAAUAGAGAUAACCACAAGGGAUGCAUUUGUUAGAACAAGGUGGGGCCACGUACAACCAGCGAGAGCACAACAGGUUAGACUGCAACGGCUCCGAAAUCUAAGUCUAAACAGAAUUCACGCAUUGAACACAUCUGCUCAUCUCUUGUGUCCUAUGUCUGUGUAACAAAAGACCUCCAUCAGUUGGGUCCUCUGAUGAGGUGGGAAUCGGCUGAUUUCACCGGGUUUUGGGUCUGGCCUCUGGUUUGCACAGCAGGUUUGCCACCUGCCAAUCAAGUCCUUCACCUCUGGGGCUGUUGCGACCAAACAUCUUAAAGACGGAAGGGCCCUUACGCAUCCUACCCAAAGGCUGGCUUUGCUACACCUAAAUGAUGGCACAGGGACUCCGUGUGUCGCCAGGUAAAGUGCAGACAGGGCUCAAAGGGUCGUGUGGCUCCCAACAGGCUGCGCUAGCAAGCAAUGAGGCUGAAAGAACGUGGCAUCAGGCGAGGCCGUAGGGUUCAACUGAGAAGCGAUUUUGGCUCUGGUGCCACUAAUGCUGAGUGGCUCUCCAUAGACAUGGGCUUGGUUCUCUUGGUACCUUUGGGUGAGCUGGGCUAGUUUGAUAAUCUCCUUUUUUUAACUCUACAAAGCCCUAAUCCCAGUAACUUCCUCGUCUGCUUCCCCUGUUCUGCCUUCCUUCCAUUCCUCUGCUCUCAGCACAUCCUGCUCAUUGUCAUGGCCUAGUUAUGCACAAAAAGCAAGACUUCCCAAGGGGCCAGUACCAAAUUAACUCCUGCUGUAGUGCAUGAGGCACAGUAGCAUCCUGGGGUUAAAGAGGUGAUCCUCCCUCCCACCUCCUCCCCAGCCCGGGUUGUUCCAGCAGCCUAAUACAGCCGCUGGGCUGCAAUUUUGCUCCAACUCCCACCAGAGUCAAUCAAAGCAACUCACCUGAAGCCGUGUGCCUUGCACUGAGAUAAAAGCAGCAUGAAAGCAGAACUGAGCUCCCUGCAUCACCGCCAUCAUUGGCACUUUCCAGGUGAAACUCCCCCUACUAACUGCAAUGCUUAAUAUUUCACCAGUGACCCACUGCAGCCUGCUGCCCUGUCCCAAUCCAGGUACUCUUCCCUUCCAGCUGCCUACUCCAGAGGUCUCCAGCAGUGUCCAGCUGUCUAGUGCUCUCACACGCAGUAGACAGUACGUCUCAAUGGUUGUGCCACCUAGAGCCAUUCACCGCCGUGCAGGUUGUCAUGCAAGAGCCUCGUUAACACGUACCGGUCGUAAUUAUCCUGAGCGUGUGUUUCCUGUGUCUGAAGUCCGUUUGGAAUCCAUGUGUGUGUCAUACCGUGUGUGUCUUAGAGCCUGUUUGUUUGUAUUCACACAAGUGGUGUAACAUGAAAACGUCUGUCCCGGUGAAAUACUCUAAUAAAAAAAUAAAAUAAAACCGUG